UUUUCCUAAUAGUACAGUAGGAAAAUAUGGAUUUCCAACCGGUAUUUUUCGCUUUUAUUUUAUGCGUUUUAGCCGUCGAGGGAUUAAAACCCGGCGAAUGCGAAGUUUGCAUCAAAACCCUAGACAAAUUCUCGGCCACUCUCUCGGAAGACGUCAAAAAAGACCCAAAGAAAAUCGAGGCGAAAUUCAAAGAAUUCUGCAAAGGGUCCAAGAACAAAGAGAAUAGAUUCUGUUACUAUUUGGGAGGGCUCGAAGAGAGCGCCACCGGCAUCUUGGGCGAGAUGUCGAAGCCCCUGUCGUGGUCGAUGCCUUCGGACAAAAUCUGCGAGAAGCUGAAGAAGAAAGACAAUCAGAUCUGCGAGCUGCGCUACGACGUCGAAAUCGAUCUGAAGACGGUCGAUCUGAAGAAGCUGAAGGUCAGAGACCUGAAGAGGAUCCUGAACGAUUGGGGCGAAGUGUGCGAGGGGUGCAUCGAGAAGGGCGAGUACCUGAAGAGGAUAGAAGAGCUGAAGCCGAAGCACACGGAAUUGUGAGAUUUUGUUUUUU